UCGAAUCAAGAUAAUAAAACUGAUACAAGAACAACUGUGGUACCUUAGACACCGAAAGUAGUUUUACGAUCGUACGCGGUUAUGCAAUAUAGAUUCAGGAUUCGGCCCAGAAAAAGAAAACUGGUUUUGAAAGCAGACCAGUUAAGCCCCGAUCUCGGGGAUCAAGAAUCUGCAAACCCUGACGUCAUCGUCCGCGUUUAGAUACACACGUUUUAUAUGAAGUUUCCCGUGAAUGGAGGGUUCACAAUGUCACAACACGGAGCUGCUCUGCAAACGUAUAAUCAGGAGCUCGUCAAAUGUUUAGAAGAGAUGAAGCUGAAGCGAUCGGAACUUCAAGCUCAGAUAGAGUCCCAGGAAGAAGAGAAGAACAACUUGCAACGUGAAAUCGAAAAGAUGUCCUGUAAGCUUACACAGUUGAACGACAGUUUGGCAAAAAGAAUUACGGUCAGAAACGAAUACGAUAGAACAAUUGCCGAUACUGAGACAGCAUAUGUGAAGAUUCUAGAGAGUUCCCAAUUAUUGCUUAAUAUGAUCAAAAAAGAAGCUGUCAGCCUGGAUCAAACUUUAGUUAAAGCCGAACAGUAUCGAUAAUAAGAUGUAAAAUUAGAAUUCGAUAAAAAAUUUAUGAGGGGCCAGAUAUCCAGAAAAUGUAUUUAUUAAAUUUAUCAAUGGAUGCAUUAUCACAGAGAUAUAGUUUAUUAAUUAACAAGUACAAAAUUGUAAAUAUAGACUUUUAGAACAUACGAGUUCUUUUAUAGCCUCUACAAAAUUUUUGAACUAUACAAACGAUACAAACGCAUAUUUAUGUUAAUUAUGUUAUUUGACUAUUUUAUAGAAAUAACAUUAAUCAGUCUAUAUGUGUGAUUACUGAUUAAAUAAAAUUUAUAACCGAACGAUAUUCUAUUGAUAAACUCGAACGAAUACAUAUUCGGUAUAUAAUUUAU